CUUCGAUGACCUUAAAGGCUAAAGGGCGACACCUCUUCUACCCUUUCUGUGCCUAUUCCUUGCCACCAUGACCAUUGAUGACAGCUUCACAGGUAGUCUAAUGAGACACGAGCAAGGAACUAAAGCGACAAGCUAGCGACAUAAAUUUGGUUUGGUCCAACAGGGAAAGCCCUUUCGAAGAGACGUACUAGUAAAGAGUACCACAGCUAGCUAGUACCUCUCAGUAAAGAGGAGGACAGAGAGAAGAUGACGAUACCGACGAAGCCCAGCGCUGGUGGUCUCUAUGAGUUUUGCCACUUCCACACGGAGGAAGGCGACACGGAGGCCAUGAUGAAGUGUGCAAUCGAUCUAAUGGAAGGCCAGCAAAACAGAAUAGAGUUUAGUGCCACUAGCUAUUUGCUUAUACUGAGUGGUGCUCUGGUCUUCUUUAUGCAAGCUGGGUUUGCCAUGCUCUGCGCUGGAAGUGUGCGAAAGAAGAACACCCACAAUACCAUGCUCAAGAAUCUUCUUGAUGCCUGUGGAGCAGCCAUUGCCUACUUUUGUGUCGGGUUUGCUUUUGCUUUCGGUGGGGACAGCACAGCAACAGGAACGACUUUCAUUGGGACCACAAACUUUUUUGGAAAGGGGGAUAUUAGCUAUCCCUUCUUCUUUUUUCAGUACACAUUUGCCGCAGCUGCUGUCACCAUCGUUGCUGGGGCCUUGGCAGAACGAUGUCAAAUGGCGGCCUACCUUUGCUACAGUUUUUUCCUUACGGGAUUUGUCUACCCUGUAGUUGCUCAUGCCGUAUGGUCUGUUGCUGGAUUCCUCAGCUUUUCCAACCCUGAACCUCUCCUUGGUAUUGGUAUGAUCGAUUUUGCCGGCUCUGCAGUCAUCCACUUGACAGGAGGAACCACUGCACUUAUCAGCACCUACCUGUUGGGAUCCAGAAGAGGGAGGUUUUAUGAUUUGGAAACGGGAAAGGAGCUUGAUAAGCCAAAGCCCAUGCCAGGGCACAGUGUUUCCCUCCAGGUUCUCGGAACUUUUAUUUUGUGGUUUGGAUGGUUCGGCUUCAACGGUGGGUCAGCGCUUUUGAUACCAGCAACAGAAUACCAAUCCGAAAUAGCUGCUGUCUGUGCCAUCAACACAUUCCUCGCGUCCUCCUCCGGAUGCAUUGCGUCUAUGCUUGUACGUUUGAUCAAAUUUAAGCGAAGCGGGGGUCAUGCGGUUUUUGAUUUGACAUCCGCCAUGAAUGGCACUCUUUGUGGUCUAGUCGCGAUCACAGCUGGUUGUGGUACACUGGAGCCUUGGGGAGCCAUAAUUGUGGGGCUCGUUGCCGGAAUUAUGUAUCCUCUCGCAUCGGACCUGUUAAUCUGGUUGAAGAUUGACGAUGUCGUGGAUGCUAUUCCUGUCCACUUUGUCGGUGGGUUGUGGGGAGCAUUGGCCGUCGGUCUCCUUUCGGAGCCAGAGCUCACACGGAAAGUUACGGGCACAUCACAUCACCCAGGCUUUUUCUAUUCUCUCUCGGAAGGACAUUCUGACGCUCGCCUCCUGGGCUGUCAAACAAUUGGGGUGCUAUGCAUUAUCGGCUGGAACACAGUUACAAUGCUCCCUUUCUUUCUGGGACUGCACCGCCUCAACUGGUUCCGUACAGAGGCUGUGGAAGAAAUUGUAGGUUUGGACCUCUGCUUCAACGACCUGAGCCAUCACAAGGGCGAAGACAUUGAACAAGAAAACCAAAUGCGAGACGAGUACUUGGUAGCGUACGAAGAGUACAAAUUGAAGCAGGUCCAGAGAAAGAAGCAUGGCGGAAGCACUUCGGACGCCCGUUCAAUACGAUCUGGCGGAUCUGGUAUCUCGUCCCAAUUCGUGGAUACGUAGCCCGAACCGUCUUUGCCCUACCUCGGAAGACAUGCUUCCCUACCCUACAACGUCUCGAUUCGAUUCCACUGCCAACAGCUCUGACAAUCGUGGUACCAUCCUGCAACGAGCACUCCAACCUCCUCAAAUCCGACCUUCGCCACUACGAAGUCGAUUCUAACGCAGAGAAUACAUAGCCUACCUUUCUUUUAAAAAAACAUUAAUAGCUGCAUAUUUUG